AUGGAUGAAUUUAAAUCAAAUCUAUUAAAUAUAUAUAAUUUAAUAAAGUUUGAUCAUAGUACAUUGGAAUGGAAAUUAAAGAAUCAUCCCCCAAAAUGGAGUGAUUUACGUACAUAUUAUCUGUUGUUGGCAAUGGUAAUGCCCACGGUGGUGAUGCUAUUGUUCUUGCAUCUCAUGAGAGAUAUUUGGUCAUCGAUAGCAUUGUUUCAUCUCUCUUGUGUCGUACUAUCAACGAUCUAUAUGAUAUCUUAUCAUCUUACCAAUAACAAUAAAACAGUUACACUUACAGAUAAACAACCUUUACUCUAUGACCACAGUAGUAUCAUUAAUAAACAGAAUUCUUUCUCUGAUGUGUAUGAUGAUCAGCAGCAACAGCAACAACAAGAUUAUCAUCAAGAUCAACAGAAUCAACCAGAUCAACAAAAACAACAACAACAUAUUAUAUUAAAUUUACAUAGUAAUAAUGAUAACAAAUUAAUACCAUGGUAUUCUAAAGUACAUCAAUCAUUUAAACCAAAAACACAAUAUUAUAUUGGUAUUCUAUUAUUUAUUUUUAGUGUUGGUAUUGGAUUAGCUUUAUAUUAUACAAUUGCAGGUGAACACCAUCAAUAA